CUUGUUGUCUUAACAUCUAGUUUCAAAGCUAUACCAAAACAGAGCCAACGAACUAGAAUCAGCUUUUUUUAGAUAUCGUGUUUUGAGUAUUAUACGAUCUUUAUGUUUGUUUGAACGUGAGACGAAACAUACAGACAGAAGGACGAACACAGACGAAAGUGGUGCAACGAAGUAUUAACCGGAAUAAGGUUUUGCAGCUACGUGAGACCGUGUAUGUGUGAGUGUGUGUGUAUAUACCAGAUGCAUUGUGUGUGAAUGCAGAUCUCUCUCGGGUCGGAGAAAGGAUAACGUGCAAAGGAUAUCGAACAGCAGCUUCAGUUAUGCUAUAGCUGCGGAACAGUGAGCAGUGCUCCCGUUCAGUGUGUAUUUCAUCAACAAUUAAAAAAACAACAACAAGCCAAAAGGUUAUCAGUGAUUGACUUGGAGUGAGAGAUAGCAGUGUAUGAACCUUUGCUUCGUCGGAACAAGCGUGAGAAUUUUUGAACUGUGGAACAUUCGUUCGGAAUAUUACUUAAGAUGUCUAUGAAUUCAUCAUCAUCGUCGUGCAGUGAUAUCAGCCUCGAGGAGCUUAAAGCUAGAUCACCAGAUUUUCCUCCGGAAAUCCUUGCCGCAAUCAAGCAGGAGCCUCGUUCGGCAGUUUCGCCUAUUUUAACCCCACCGCACACACCCACCGAGGACAGUAUUAAUACAACACCGGCCGUGAUCACAUCGCGCCAUUACUACGAUAUGGAGAUGAACCGGUCCCCCCCACAUCACCAACACAUUGCCCACCAGCAUCAUCAUCACCACCAGCAUCAUCAGCAUCAGGAGGUGCCAAGUGCCUUCUUUCCCCAGCAAGCACCUGCCCAUGGUCAGCCCACCACGAUGGAGACUUUCCUUUAUCAGCAACAGCAACAGGCACAACAGCAGCAGCAACAUCAUCAACAGCAAGCCCAACAACAACAGCAUCGCCUGUGGCUCCAAACCCAGGCAGCGGCAGCCGCUCAACAGCACCUCCACCAAACCGGUUAUCCCCUGCCGGGUUAUGCUCAGCUUCCUACCGUCGCUGCUGCCCAGCAAUCACACGUCCUCAUGCAGCAAUGGAUUCGCAAUGCCGCCAUCUAUCGGCAGCACAUGCAACACCAGGGCUACCCGGCGGACCUCGCUCGCAUUCCCGCCCUUGGUCGCCCCGUCAGUCAGCUUGGUCCGAUGAAGGUUCCCGGACAUGGCAGCACUCGGCCAAAGAAACAAUUCAUCUGCAAGUACUGCCAUCGUCAUUUCACCAAGUCCUACAAUCUGCUGAUCCAUGAGCGCACCCACACCGACGAACGGCCAUACUCCUGCGACAUCUGUGGUAAGGCUUUCCGCCGGCAGGACCAUCUCCGCGACCACCGUUACAUCCACUCCAAAGAGAAACCCUUCAAGUGUAACGACUGCGGCAAGGGGUUCUGCCAGUCGCGAACCCUCGCCGUUCACAAAGUCACCCACCUCGAGGAAGCACCCCACAAGUGCAACAUUUGCAAUCGCACCUUCAACCAGCGAGCCAAUCUGAAAACCCACAUGCAAAGCCACACCCUUUCCGAGACCACCCCUAACGGGCCGGUGUUGGAUCUCUCGCAGAAAUCGACACCCUCCACGCCCGAGAAGGACAUCAUUGUGGAUGAGGACAUUGACGAUGAGGAGGACGAGGAGGAAAUUAGCCUACACUCGAUUCCCUCCGCGGCCAUUCUUCCAAAGAAAACCCUCGGGUUCUCUAUUGAAGAGAUCAUGAAGCGGUAAUUUGAUCCGCUCUGCCAAAUUUACCUUCAGUGAUGUUCCUUAUUUAGUGUUUAGCGAGAGCGUGCGUGCGAGUAGGGAAUUAGUUGAUUCUAAUUUUUGUUGAUUUUGUAUUCGUUUUUUUUAAUUGCGGAGUAUAUUAUCCACCCAUUGUUAGACGCGCGUCGAGGGAAGGGCAAAUAGAAGAUGGGAAAAGGGAAACAAUAUUUAUGACCCACAAAAAAGGGAGAAAAGAUUGACACGACGAAAGCAGCCAAAGAAGAUUAAUAGCUUGGAUUUAGUGUAGAGCUCCAAAAAAAAAAAAAGGUACACACAGUUAGAGAGAAGUGUACGGUUCCAUUGCAAAGGCCCCCUAACGAAUGCAGAGAUAGAGGAAACCUUUCAUUAAAGACUGAUAUUGCUUUUAUUUAUGAACGCCCAUUUUUUAAGUUAAGCUCCCACACACAAAACACUGUUGAACCCAAAUCGUUGUACACUCAGAGCGAAACUGUAAAGUAUUUUAAACUGAUCUCAGCCAAAAAUCAACCUAGCGUUACAGCUCUUCGGGAGCAUUUGUACAUAAUUUAUUCUAGUGAUUUAAGUAAGAAGAAUAUAUUUUAUGUUGUACAUUAAGUUCUGUCCAAAACUUAAAUUAUUACUGAAAAACAAAUAUCCAAAUAAUAAAACCUAGAAAAUCAAACAUUUA